AUGUCUGCGUCAGAGUCCCUCCAGGCUGAGGACGCCUAUUUCGCCUCCAAUGCCCCUCCUAAGCAGCUGGCCGCCCAUACGGCAUUAGCCGAGGCUUUCAUCUCGCAACAUGCUGCGGCCAACCGGCGGGUGGUUCUUGUCACCUCUGGAGGAACGACUGUGCCCCUGGAAAAGAACACUGUGAGAUUCAUUGAUAACUUCUCUGCCGGGACCCGUGGUGCUACCAGCGCCGAGUACUUCCUCUCAGCUGGAUACGCCGUCAUCUUCCUCCACCGCCAGUUCAGCCUUCUCCCUUACUCGCGCCAUUACUCCCACUCCACCGACUGUCUCCUCGACCUCCUCGAAGAGGAUUCCGACGGCCGUGUCGCUGUUAGGCCCAGCGAUUCGGACAGGAUUCUCGACGUACUACGCAAGUACCAGAGCGCCCGACGCAACAACAUGCUGCUCCUGCUGCCCUUUGUCACCAUUGGCGACUACCUACACGAGCUCCGCGCCGUCGCCCGGCUUAUGGCGCCGCUUGGCUCCAGCGGCCUGCUCUACCUGGCAGCUGCAGUGUCCGAUUUCUUUGUCCCGCCGGAGCGCCUCUCCGAGCACAAGAUCCAGUCCACAAACAUCGUGGAGAAGCUCUACCCCCAGGACGCGCCGUCCCCGUCGCCACAAAUAGAAGACGAAGAGACGUUUGACAACUUCGAUGCCUCCCCUCGCGUGCCGCGCUCCAAGCGCCUCAUUAUAGAUCUCGACCCCGUCCCCAAGUUCCUCAAGAGCCUUGUCGAAGGCUGGGCUCCCUUAGGCAUGAUUGUCAGCUUCAAGCUUGAGACGGAUCCUCGCAUCCUCGUCCACAAGGCACGUUACAGCCUUGAGCGCUACCAGCAUCACCUCGUUAUCGGCAACCUGCUUUCCACGCGCAAAUGGGAGGUCGUCUUCGUUGCCCCGAACCGUGAGGACCAGUGGCUCCGUGUCGCCCGACAUGGCGGCUGGGGCGAUGCCGAGGGGCGGCCGCUUCGACCGGACGAGGUGCCAGAGGGAGAUCCAGAACAAGAGAUUGAAGCUCUGAUCAUACCAGCUGUGGCAAAGCUUCACGAUGAUCACAUUGCCAAAUCAAGCAGCGCUGAGAGAAAAUAA